GUGAGAGGGUUUUGGGGCAGUAGUGUGAUGAGAAAUGGGAGAAAAUGCAGCAGCUUUGCACACAGCUGUGAACUCCGUACAGGCAUUAGGAAGAGGUUUCGACGUGAACUUCGAUACAAGGUUGCUAUACUGUAAGGGAGCUGUGGGUACCAGGAUUCUGGAGCUUGACGAGGAGUGCACCAGGGAUAUCUGCCUAUAUGAUGAGAUAGUUGUACCGGGUGUUUCGAGGGACAUCAGGCAUUCGCAGGAGGCCGGCGGCCGGCAGAGCUCUGGAGUCUGCAGCUUCCAUGAGAUGGUUGAGUAUUUCAAUCAAAAGUCUAACGCAUCUGGCAGCUUUCCUCUUGGGAGUUUCAACUUUGCAUUUAGCUUCACUGGUUCAAAACAUAUUGAUGCUGCAGCCACGAAGACUCUUUGUGUGGAUGGAUUCUAUAUUCCACUUGCUAAGGUCCAACUUUUCAAAUCCCCAAUAGUGUUGCAAGAAAAUGUUAAACAGGCUGUCCCGAGUAGUUGGGAUCCAGCAUCCUUGGCAAGCUUUAUUGAAAAUUUUGGAACGCAUGUCAUAACAUCAGUAACAAUUGGUGGGAAAGAUGUAAUUUACGUUAAACAACACCAUUCAUCUCCAUUGUCUACCAUGGAGAUCAAAAACUAUGUCCGGGACAUUGGAACUCAAAGGUUCUCAGAUACAGAAAGCAAUGGAACUUCAGGUCAAAUGAAAUUCAAUGAUAAGGGUGGUGAUCCUGGUUUAUUCAACAGUCAAGGGAUAUAUCCUCAACCCACUAGUGCACCAUAUCUUGCUGGGAAAGAAGAUGUCACGGUCAUUUUCAGAAGAAGGGGAGGAGACGACCUGGAACAAAACCACACCCAAUGGGCAAGAACUGUCCGUUCCUCUCCAGAUGUAAUUGAGAUGACAUUUUUUCCUAUAGCGGCCCUACUGGAAGAGAUACCUGGAAAAGAGCACCUGACUCGAGCUAUUGGUCUUUACCUUGAAUAUAAGCCUCCAAUAGAAGAGCUGAGAUAUUUCCUGGAGUUUCAAAUUUCUCGAAUUUGGGCUCCUGUAUAUGAUAGAAAUAUUGGGCAUCAAAGAAAGGAACCUGUUUGCCCAUCCUUGCAAUUCAGCAUAAUGGGGCAAAAGCUUUAUGUCAGCCAAGAACAGGUUACUGUUAAACGGAAGCCAGUCACAGGCCUACGGUUAUAUCUAGAAGGAAGCAAGCAGAAUCGACUUUGUAUCCAUCUUCAACACUUAGCAUCUCUUCCAAAGAUCCUUCGACCAUAUUGGGACAGUGAUGUGGCAAUUGGUGCUCCCAAGUGGCAAGGACCUGAAGAGCAGGACAGCCGAUGGUUUGAACCAGUAAAAUGGAAAAACUUCUCUCAUGUGAGCACUGCACCAAUCGAGAACCCUGAAACCUUCAUAGGGGAUCUCUCUGGUGUCUACAUAGUCACUGGUGCACAGCUCGGAGUGUGGGACUUUGGAUCGAGAAAUGUCUUGUACAUGAAGCUGUCAUAUUCUAGGCUGCCAGGCUGCACCGUACGGAGAUCCUUGUGGGAUCAUAUGCCAAAUGAAAAGUCAAAGAAAGCAACAUCCAUGGGCGACUCAAGUUCAGGUUCAAGAGAACAUGUCGCUGCCAACAAGUUGGUGAAGGUUGUGGACAUGUCUGAGAUGAGCAAGGGGCCACGAGACCAUCCUGGUCAUUGGCUGGUUACCGGCGGAAAGCUUGGCGUGGAGAGAGGGAAAAUUGUUUUAAGAGUGAAAUAUUCGUUACUAAGUUAUUGAGUCGUUUAUACAUUUGCAAGAUUGAUGUGCACAGUGGUGGUUUUUUGUUAGGUGAGAGGUAGUGUCUUUGGUGUUCAUCUUGCAUGUAACCUUUGGCUGUGUGAUGGACAAAAAGAGUGAGAAGAGGAUUGUGUCUUUGGGUGGUUUUAGUGUGAGUAGCUGCUGCCUCUUGAGAUGUGUUUGUAAGUAAAACGUUUGAUAUGUUAAGUUAAUUUCGUGAAAGAAGCCACGUUUUAGA